AUUAAAAUGAAAGAAGAGAUUUCUAAUUUGGAGAGUGUGACGAAAAAAAUUCAGAUAAAAACUCGACGAAAAAUAGUUGGCGUCGUUCGAGAAAGCUAUCUCAGAAAUGACAUUAGCUGCAGUUGCGAGCUUUGCUUCGAAGGUUGCUCGUCAAUUAACCCUGGAAAGGUGUCAUUGCUACCGAGUGAUCUGGAGCACUAUAUUAUCCCUGGGGUCGAUAUAGUUGCCAAGUUUAUGGACAUCUUAGAACUACAAAACUUUUCAGGAUUGAUAUUUCCUCAGACUGUAGUGAAUAUUAUUCAGCUGAGAAGUUUAAAACAUUACAGGCGUGUAUGUAAUUACAUCAGGGAUCAGAUAUUCCCUAAAAUGUUUAGGCGUGUAUGUAAUUACAUCAGGGAUCAGCUAUUCCCUAAAAUGUUUAGGCGUGUAUGUAAUUACAUCAGGGAUCAGAUAUUCCCUAAAAUGUUUAGGCGUGUAUGUAAUUACAUCAGGGAUCAGUAG